UAUCAUCCCAAAAGGGUCUUAUCCUUUGUUUCUCAUCUCUUCAAUUCCCAACUUACAUUAACGGUCAAUCAAUCCUACGACAAAUACUAGCCAGGUUCUCCAACACACAGAAGAGUGAGCUGAAAUGGGGAGCGUGAAGCUGCCUUUCUCUGUCCAAACCAGACAUGGCGCCAACUUCUUGCUCUCUUUUCCCAUUUCAAGAUUCCGCUCCCCUUUUCCCGCCGGGGCGAGAGACUAUAGAGGCUUCAUCAUACAAACUCUACCCUCAGUGGAUCCUUGUCGGUUGAGCUAUACAAAUUCCCAUGACAAAGUUUCUCAUUUUUUCACUGCAAGAGCUUCAGCAGAACCCUUGACUGAGCCGAUUGUGGAAGAUAAACAGUUGAAUGUUUCCACAAGUGGCGACUCUAUCCGUAAAAGAUUCCUUGAAUUUUACGCUGUGAGAGGUCAUAAAGUUCUUCCAAGUUCUUCGCUUGUCCCCGAAGAUCCAACAGUUCUUUUAACAAUUGCUGGAAUGCUUCAGUUCAAGCCCAUUUUCCUCGGGAAGGUGGCUAGAGAAGUGCCCCGUGCAGCAACUUCUCAGAAAUGCAUACGCACAAACGAUAUAGAGAAUGUCGGUCGAACAUCUCGACAUCAGACAUUCUUUGAGAUGCUUGGGAAUUUUAGUUUUGGAGAUUACUUCAAAAAAGAUGCUAUAAGAUGGGCAUGGGAUCUUUCAACUGUUGAGUUCGGAUUAUCAGCUGAAAAUUUAUGGAUUAGUGUGUAUGAAGAUGAUGAUGAAACUUUGGCAAUAUGGCAUGACGAGAUUGGUGUUCCUGUACAACGUAUAAAGAGACUUGGUGAAGAGGACAACUUCUGGACUAGUGGAGCAACCGGUCCUUGUGGGCCCUGCUCUGAAAUUUAUUAUGAUUUCCAUCCCGAGAGAGGACAUUCGGAUGUUGAUCUUGGAGAUGAUUCUAGAUUUAUAGAGUUCUACAACCUCGUCUUUAUGCAAUAUAAUAAAAAAGACGAUGGAUCGCUCGAGCCUUUAAAACAGAAGAACAUCGAUACUGGGCUAGGCUUAGAGCGUAUGGCUCGUAUUCUUCAACAGGUUCCGAAUAAUUACGAAACCGACUUGAUUUUUCCCAUCAUAGAGAAGGCCUCAAAUUUGGCAAAUCUUUCGUACAAAUUUGCAGACGAGUCUAAAAAGACGUACCUUAAAAUAAUCGGAGAUCACAUGCGUGCAAUAGUUUAUCUUAUAUCAGAUGGAGUUUUCCCAUCAAAUAUCGGUAGAGGCUAUGUGGUUCGAAGGCUAAUCAGAAGAGCCGUUCGAACAGGCAGGCUGUUAGGUAUAAAGGGGGAUGGGAUGGGAAAUCUUGACGGAGCGUUUUUGCCAAUACUUGCCGAAGAAGUUAUCAAACUAAGCACAAAUAUAGAUACUGAGGUAAAAAUAAGAGCUGCCCGCAUAUUCGAGGAACUGAAAAGAGAGGAGCUUCGCUUUGUAUCGACACUCGAGAGAGGAGAGAAGCUUCUAGAACAAAUUCUAACCGAUGCAUUGUCCACUGCUCAGAUUAACGGAACUGUACCUUGUAUAUCUGGAAAAGACGCUUUUGUCCUGUACGAUACGUUUGGUUUUCCUGUGGAGAUAACAAAAGAGGUUGCAGAUGAACGAGGUGUUGGCAUAGAUAUGGAAAGUUUCGACGUAGAAAUGGACAGCCAAAGAAGACAGUCUCAAGCUGCACAUAACACAGUCAAACUCUCGGUUGAAAACGGGGCGGAGUUGACAGAAAAUAUUUCAGACACUGAAUUUCUUGGUUAUGACACACUUUCGACGAGAGCAGUUAUUGAGGGUCUUUUAGUAAAUGGCAAGGCGGUAGAGCAAGUUUCCGAAGGAAAUGAAGUUGAGGUAUUACUAGACAGAACCCCAUUUUAUGCUGAGUCAGGGGGGCAAAUUGGGGACCACGGCUUUUUGUAUGUUACUAAAUCUGGAAAUGUUAAAGAAGCUGUUGUGGAGAUUAAGGAUGUCCAAAAGUCCCUCGGUAAUAUAUUUGUUCAUAAAGGUACAGUCAAAGAAGGUGUUAUAGAUGUAGGUGGAGAAGUAGAAGCUGAAGUAGAUACAAACUUGAGGCAGCGUGUGAAGGUUCAUCAUACAGCUACACAUUUGCUCCAAUCGGCACUUAAGAAAGUAAUAGGGCAAGAAACAUCUCAAGCUGGUUCGCUGGUGGCCUUUGACCGCCUCAGGUUUGACUUCAAUUUCAAUAGACCACUACGCGAAAACGAAGUGAUGGAAAUCGAAGGGUUGAUUAACAAGUGGAUUGGAGAUGCGACACUCCUUCGAACGAAAGUGAUGCAAUUGGCCGAUGCAAAGAAUGCUGGUGCUAUUGCCAUGUUUGGCGAAAAAUAUGGAGCACAGGUACGAGUGGUGGAGGUACCUGGUGUAUCGAUGGAACUAUGUGGUGGGACCCACGUGAGCAAUACUAGUGAAAUACGUGGCUUCAAAAUAAUAUCGGAGCAAGGAGUUGCUUCUGGGGUGAGACGAAUUGAAGCUGUGGCCGGUGAAGCUUUUAUCGAGUAUGUAAUUGCAAGAGAUAACUAUAUGAAGCAGCUCUGUUCUACUCUCAAAGUGAAUGCUGAAGAUGUCACAACGAGAGUGAACAAUCUGUUGAAAGACCUACGAGACGCAAGGGGUGAAGUUUCGGCGGCACGUGCAAAAGCAGCGAUUUACAGGGCAUCGACUAUGAUUAGCAAAGCGGUUACUAUAGGAUCGUCGUUAAAGAUAAGGGUGUUGGUUGAGAGCAUGGACGAAAUUGAUGGUGAUGCAUUAAAGAGUGCUGCUGAGUAUUUAGUGGAUAGUUUAGAAGAUCCAGCGGCAGUUGUAUUGGGUUCGUGCGUGGAUGAGAAAAGAGUGAGUUUAAUAGUUGCGUUUAGUCCUGGAGUAGUUGGUUUGGGGAUUCAGGCUGGGAAGUUUAUAGGGCCGAUAGCUAAAUUGUGCGGUGGGAAAGGUGGCGGACGCCCUAAUUUUGCACAGGCUGGCGGAAGUGAGCCGGAGAAAUUGGGGGUUGCACUUGAAAAGGCGCGUGAAGAACUUGUGUCGUUUUUAUCGGAGAAGAGUGGGUAGAAAUGUAAUUGUGUGAGAUUAAUGAUGCAUAGAGCAAGGUAUGUAAUUCUAUGAAUUUGGUGAUUCUUUUUUGGUUGGAAUGUAAUAGUUUGCAAAGCACA